UCCAGUCACGUGGUUGCGCUUUAUGAUUUCUGCGCUCCGGAGCUGUCUCCAGUCGCGCUGCGUGGAGAGGAGACGCGCAUUUUGCGGGCAGGAGCUUCUUCUUCUACUACUUCUCCUCCUCUCUCUCGUUUCUCUCUUUUUCUUUGCUGUCACUUCAGCCAGCCGGGAGGAUGAGCGGAUCCGAGUCCGGGUUGCCUCUGCGGCGGGUCGACCUCCUCCUUGUCUUAUAACAACCUGAGCGAGUCCACGCGUGUUUGUCCCCCCAUUCUUCUUCUCUUGGUCUCAUGUUUCCCCUCCGUGCAUCAUUUGGGAGAGAAUGCGUCUGCUCGUUUUCGCGACUUUGCUCGGAGUCCUCCUCGAUGCGGCGGAACUAAGAAAACGGGGGAUUUGGAGCAGUUUUCUAGAAGUGAUGAGCAGAGCUCGGGAGCUGGAUGCUGCCCUGGUGUCCUGGUUUCAGGAGUCUGCAGGAGAUACCCUUCAGAUUCAGUGCUACCAGUGUGAGGAGAUGAAGCACAAUGACUGCUCCACGCCGGAGUACAUCGUCAACUGUACCGUCAACGUACAGGACAUGUGCCAGAAGGAGGUGCUGGUCAAAUCUGAUGGUGAGGCUGCCGUAAUUGACUACGCUCGUUUUGGUCGUAGCAUGACUUUUAUUUUCGAGUCACGGAUACAUUAUCGAAAAUCGUGUGCAUCCUCAGGGGCUUGCCUCAUCGCCUCCUCUGGCUACCAGCAGUUCUGCACCGGCAGGUUGAAUUCAGUCUGCAUCUCCUGCUGCAACACCCCACUCUGCAACGGCCCCAAGAGGAAGCGUCCCACCAACUCGGCGGCAACGACCACCCUCCGGACGAACCGGCCUCUUUUCCUGCUCACACUGCUGCUCCUCCUACUGACGUAGAUGAUGUUCUCGCCACAACUUCGCUGUUCAUCCCGGGGUCUGGACCUGUGAUAUACGAGGAGAUUUGGACACCACAUCGGCUUCGUAGCUUCUCAGCUUUAUGGAAAACUGUCAGUGUUAUUGAUAAAAUGGCGUAACCGCUGAGAGUGACACUGAAACCCCGGAGAAGUGAAAGCAUACAGAGCUUUGUGAAUCAUUGAUUGCUUGGGUUUGAAGAGGAUGCGGCUGAGGCAUCUCUCGCCUUUUUUUCUUUCUUUUCUCUGUUUUUUUUCUCUUUUGGCUUUUUGUGAAGUGGAGCGUUUAUGUGAAGAAGCUGGUCUCAAGUUAUUUUCUGGUUAUUAGAUGCUGUAAAAAAAAAAAGUGCUGGUGGAGGUUAUAAUACUUUUGAGCUUUUUCAUUUUCUGGUCUUACGGUUUGAAACAGCACUGCUGGUUUCAUUUUCCUGUCGAUGCUGUAGCUGUUUAUGCUCUGAAUACACAGAUUUGACCUUACGAAGGCAAACUUUAGUUUUAUUUCUCAUAUGUUACCGUGAAGACUGCACUUUGACUGAGGCAACAAGUUGAAGGUUUCCCAGCUCUCUCGCAUCUUCCUCUCACAUUUAUGCUUAUUUUCCACUAUCAACCGUCAUUUCUCUUUGUUUCUUCAUUCUCAAUCAUAGGGUUGCUUCUGCGAUAUAAAGCACUAUUAGUAGGCAUUAAUAUUCCUGUGUAGAAUGAUCUAUUAAAUUGUCUCAUAACCUUCAUAUUACAUAGUGCAGAAUAAGAAAAAAAAAAAACUAUAAGUACAAAUAAAAUUCUCACUCGAGACUUGCUUCAGGUGAUCUCUGUCAUAUUUCCCUUUAAGUAUCCUUCAUGGCCCCAAAAUCAUGGUUAACUCUGCAUGCUGUAAAACAAAUUUCAUAACUGGCAUCACUGAAACCUGGUUUGAUUCUCAUAUUUCAGUGUUCAGAUGAGCAUUUUAGAAAACUUCUGCAUUUAUAUUUGCCUCUAAAUGAUCUGUUUGCCUAUUUAUUCCUAUCACGGAUAUUUGUUUUGCUGCUUGCGUUGGCUAUCUGUACCGUAUCGUAUUUAUUCUGUGGUGAAUGUGCUGUGGACGGCGAUGCAGGCACUCCGGCGCUGUAUUUUAAUGCCACACGUGAAGGUUUUAACGGUCCCCAGGAGAGCGGAGGACAAGAGACUGCAGUUCAAGAACGUGAAGAGGAGAGGCAUACCUGAAUUUAUUAUUUCCAGAUUUGAAACAGCUGUGUCAGAGACGGGCCAUCUGAUAAACUUUUGUCUUUUUAUUGAUCUUCUGUGAAGAGUAACACUGUAUUCUGCUGAUAUGUGAUGUAAAUAAAUGUUGCAGAAAUGUUGCAGAAAAACUGCCGUUAAGCAGCAAGACGUUGUGAUUUCACUCUAAG